AUGGUGGAUGCAACGGAUCUUGAAACGGAAUGUGUGGUGUCUGGGACCUUAUAUUUUGUCCUCCUAAUAUCACGGCUAGCCGGUACUUCGCCUGUUAAGUUUGAGAGAGUGAACGGUGGUUGGCGAAUCUGUGUAUCAUUGAUUUACUACAUCUAUUGUUGUGUGGUUCAGAUUGUUUUAGCGGUGGGCAUAGGUAUCUUUGUCAUGGAUAGAGACAAUAUAGUGGAUGGGUACGAGGCAUCCCACAACACUGGGUUUAUGCGCAUAAUACUGAUAAUUUACUUUGUGGUGCACGUGAUGUCCGGAGCCGCCAUUGCAUUCACUGGUCUUGACCGCAUGCGUCACAUGAUCGACUGUAAGGCGCGCCUUCAAUGGAACUCCUCUUCAGUACCACAAUCUUUUGAAUUUGCACAUGUGAACGAAGAAACAAAAUCGAAUGAAGGCAAUCCAAUCCCUAACCACGUGAUUUCUUGCGCCAUCGACUCAUUGCCAGUAAACGUUAAACGACGAACAAACAACGGUUUAAAAACCGACCCCGCUACAUUAGAGAGAUUGAUAGAAGCGUACUGUUCCAUGUGUGGGAUCAUAAGACAGUUGAAUGACAGUAACGGCUUCGCUCUUCUAUUGAUGCUUCUGUUUAUAUUCAUAGAAUUGUUGACUGCACCAUAUUUCGCAGUAGCUAUAAUAUUACGUAUGCACAGCGCGGCCCCUGUUGCCAAGAUAUUGUCUUGGCUAAUGUGGUGUUUGCUCUGUAUUGUCACGCUUGCGAUUACCGUCGACGCCUGUCACCGAAGUCAUAUUCAGUUGUGGAUGACGAGGAGACUGAUCCGCCAGAUGAGGCGCCACACGCACAGGGAAGCCGCACAAGUUUCGGACCAACUCAAAAUGUUUUACAGACACAUCCAGCUCAACCCUGUACGCUUUGCUCCGCUCAAGUUGAUGUUAUUUAAUAGAAAUAUUUUGAUUAUGGUAUGGACGGGCGUCAUCACUUAUCUCUCUGUAGUUAUUCAUUUGUAA